GCGGCCGUGGGGCCCGGGACGUGAGGCUCCAGGCGCGGGACACGAUGCACGCCCUCGCAGGAUUCUCCCUGGUCAGCCUUCUGAGCUUCGGCUACCUGUCCUGGGACUGGGCCAAGCCGACUUUUGUGGCUGACAGGCCUGGGGAGGCUAGCGUGGAGCAGCCUGCUGCCCCACCCCAGCCUCCCCACAUUAUCUUCAUCCUCACCGACGACCAAGGGUAUCACGAUGUGGGCUACCAUGGCUCAGAUAUCGAGACCCCUACCCUUGACCGGCUGGCAGCGGAGGGCGUCAAGCUGGAGAAUUAUUACAUCCAGCCCAUCUGCACACCUUCGCGGAGCCAGCUCCUCACUGGCAGGUACCAGAUCCACACAGGACUGCAGCACUCCAUCAUCCGCCCACGGCAGCCCAAUUGCUUGCCCCUGGACCAGGUGACCCUGCCCCAGAAACUGCAGGAGGCAGGUUACUCCACCCACAUGGUAGGCAAGUGGCACCUAGGCUUCUACCGGAAGGAGUGCCUGCCCACCCGUCGGGGCUUCGACACAUUCCUGGGCUCGCUCACAGGGAACGUGGACUACUACACCUAUGACAACUGUGAUGGCCCGGGGGUGUGUGGCUUUGACCUGCAUGAAGGUGAGAGUGUGGCCUGGGGGCUUAGUGGGCAGUACUCCACCAUGCUCUAUGCCCAGCGUGCCAGCCACAUUCUGGCUAGCCAUAGCCCUCGGCGGCCCCUCUUCCUCUACGUGGCUUUCCAGGCAGUGCACACGCCCCUGCAGUCACCUAGAGAGUACUUGUACCGCUACCGUACCAUGGGCAACGUGGCACGGAGAAAGUAUGCAGCCAUGGUCACCUGCAUGGACGAGGCUGUUCACAACAUCACCUGGGCCCUCAAACGCUAUGGUUUCUAUAACAACAGCAUCAUCAUCUUCUCCAGUGAUAACGGUGGCCAGACUUUCUCAGGAGGCAGCAAUUGGCCACUCCGAGGACGCAAGGGUACUUACUGGGAAGGUGGUGUGCGAGGCCUGGGAUUUGUCCACAGCCCCCUACUCAAGCAAAAGCGACGGACCAGCAGGGCUCUGGUGCAUAUCACAGACUGGUACCCGACCUUGGUGGGCCUGGCAGGUGGCACAUCAGCAGAAGAUGGGCUGGAUGGCUAUGAUGUGUGGCCAGCCAUCAGUGAGGGCCAGGCCUCACCACGCAAGGAGAUCCUCCACAACAUUGACCCACUCUACAACCAUGCCCGUUAUGGCUCACUGGAGGAUGGCUUUGGCAUCUGGAACACUGCUGUGCAGGCUGCCAUCCGCGUGGGGGAGUGGAAACUGCUGACUGGAGAUCCUGGCUAUGGCGACUGGAUCCCGCCUCAGACGUUGGCUGCCUUCCCUGGCAGUUGGUGGAACCUAGAGAGGAUGGACAGUGUCCGCCAGGCUGUGUGGCUCUUUAACAUCAGUGCUGACCCUUAUGAACGGGAGGACCUGGCUGGCCAGCGGCCUGAUGUGGUCCGUACCCUGUUGGCCCGUCUGGCUGAGUAUAACCGCACUGCCAUUCCUGUGCGCUACCCGGCUGAGAACCCUCGGGCCCAUCCUGACUUUAAUGGGGGUGCGUGGGGGCCUUGGGCCAGUGAUGAAGAAGAAGAGGAGGAAGGCAGAGCUCGAGUCUUCUCCCAGAGACACCACAAGAAAAAGUGCAAGAUUUGCAAGCUUCGAUCUUUUUUUCGUAAACUCAACACCAGGCUGAUGUCCCAUCAGAUCUGAUGCUUGGCGGUGGUAGAGAUCUUGUUUCCCCUAAGAUACUUCUCCACUGCAGCUUGGCCCUGCUUCUUCUCAGGGAGAAGCCUGAGGUCAACCCUUCAUCUGUAGGGAAGUGGAGGCCGUGCACAGAAGCCCUUAACUGAACAGGAUGGGAACUUGCAAGGGGGGCAGCGGUGGGGCAAGAAGGGAUAGGACCAAACCGGGGUCCUAUUCCUGCUUCUCUGCUGACUUGCCCUGUGACCUCAGGUGACCUAUAUCAGCUUUCAUGCCUCAGCCUCCUCAUUUGUAAGAUGAGCUUUAAUGACUGUGGGUCCAGUGUGCACCUGUGCCUGGGGCCAUGGUGGAGUUCCUGGCUGACCUUGCCACCUUCCAGCUGAUAUGUGGCUGAGCCCUUUCUCUGGGUCUCUGCUGUUGGAACAAGGCCAGGUGGCUGCACUCACUGCAAAGAAACCACAUGAUUGUUGAGAGGUAGCUUUUUCUGGGUCUUCACAUGCCUAGGCUAGUUCUAGGGCCACAUGGCAUGAAGGCGAUGGGGGAACACGCUUCUUCCUGUGCCCAGCAUUCAGAAAAACUGGUGGUGUCCUGGAGUGGUUGCAGAAUUGGGGGAACAGCUGUGAAAAGAGCCUCUGAACCAAUAACUCUCUUGAUUUGGAUGUAGUCCUUCCCCUGGGUCUCAAUUUCCUCACUAGAAAAUGGAUGGAGACAUGUUAGCCUUGGCUCUGCCUAUCUCACAGGGCUACCAAAGACUGGCUAAGCUAACUAUCAUUGAGGAGCCUGUGAACCUGAUUACCCAGAGGCAAGGGAUGCAGGCCUGUGUGUAAGCACCUAUGUGUAUGCAUGUGCGUCCUGGGGGCAUGUGUGAGCUCACUGUUGGUUGAGGAGGAAGAGGGAAGGUGGACAGCAGGUCCCACCAAGGUUUUCCCUUAUGACCACAGAAAAACCCAUGACCUUUGGGCCUCAUGUUCCCCUGUGUAAAGUGGAUGAUCCAAGAGCCCUUUCCACCUGGCCAUUCUAGGAGUCAUUAUGCAUGCAUGUGUUUGGGAGAGAGGGCCCAGGCUAAGUGGACAGAAGGAGGGAUGUGGGGGUUGCAAAGCUGGCUUGCUGCAUAGUGUGGCUCCAUCAGCACACUGCGUUCUGCAUAUCUCCCUUCAGGUUCCAGUCGGCGCAGUGUGUAGGCGAAGGCCCUGCUGUGAAUUUUGAAAAUAGUUAUUUUUGUCGCUGGCAAAGGAGGCCUGUUAGGACUCGUCAGCUUGUGGAUGAGCGGGAUGGGUGGGAUGGGUACAGUGCAGUGGGUGCUGGUUGCAGCCAGCAUUGCUUCUUUCCUUCGGCUUUGGAGUCCAGGAAAUCCUGACCUGGGCUGCUGGCAGGAUGGGACUUGGUUGACUGUUGUGUCCCAGGCCUUUCCUUGAGGCCACGUUCUUUGUGCCUCAUCUCAUCUUCCCCUCCUGUAAGCUUUCACUGCCUCAGUGGUGUUGACACCCAGCUGGUAGACAGAGCCCAGGACUGGCAAACCCCCUGGACAGCAUUUUUGUUUUGUUUUGUUUUGGUUUUUCGAGGUAGGCUUUCACUCUAGUUCAGGCUGAUCUGGAAUUCACUAUGUAGUCUCAAGGUAGCCUCAAACUCAUUGUGAUCCUCCUCCCUCUGCCUCCCUAGUGCUGGGAUUCAAAGGUGUGCACCACCAUGCCCAGCCCUGGUCACAGCAUUUUUGCUUGCUCAGAAGGAAGGCUCUGAAGAAGAUGCCUAUUCAGAUGGUAUCUCGGCCUGGUGUGUCCAGUGGAUGGGAUGUCCUUGGUCUGCCUAUUGCUCAGGACCUGUAGUCCUGCUAGGGCUUGCUCCAGCUGUGCCUGCUGGCCUGCCAGAUAGGUGCACAGCCAGGGAUGCCCUGUGGCCCCAGCCUUUGAAGAAUGGUAUAGAUAUGCUCCAGGGUUUGCUGUGGGGGUUCUGCCUGAUGUGACUCAAUCUCCAACCCCAGAUCCCACUUACUUUCUAAGGGCCCUGUUGAGGUUCACCUGGAGCUUACUCUGUAGUCCCAGGAUGGCCUCAAACUCACAACAAUCCUCUUACAAUAACUCUGCCUCCCAAGUACCUGGAUUAAAGGUGUGUACCAUCA